UCCGAUUUCUACAUCCAGAAGGGAAGAGACUGUCAUCCGUAUCUAGUGCAUCUUGAUUUUUACUUCCUUCCUUCUUCCGUGGAAUAGAACUUUCGCAAUCGAAACUUGAAAGUAGCACAUGAUGGGAAAAUACGUCGACGAAACUUGUUAUAAGUGCGGCCGGAGCUUGGAGAAAACUUCUAGUCAUUCCUCAGUCUUCAGAAGAUCGAACUCUCGCAAUCCCACAUUCCCAGUGCCAGCGAUGAAGACCGUACUCGUGGUGGCGUGCUGUGUGCUCUUGUUGGCCGGCCAAAGCAUGGCAUGUGGCAAGGGCAUUGAGCUGGGGCCGAAGGCGCAAUGUGAAAAGCGGCGGGAAUGUGAGAUGGCCCGAAUCUGCCAGGACAUCCAAGGACAUGACGAAUGCCUCUGGAAACCCGUCUGCAAAACCAGGCUGUCCUGCAAGGGGGCGCCACGGCCACCGAUUCCCUUUUCCAACAAGUAGAGAAAGAGUGGCAAGUUGAAGUCCGGUCUGCCAUGUCUGCAAUUCAUCACCAAGACACUAGAAGGCGCGCGUUUCUAUUGACGUAAAACUAGUGUAUUAGCAGAUAUUAUACUUCAAAACUGUAUGUUCUUACAGAGAGAAGAAAUAAUGCCAAUUUUGUGGCAACGCUUUGUGUUAAAACUAA